AUGUUUACAGAUUAUAUAGAAAGAACAUAUAACUUUAACAAGCUUUUAAUAUUUUGGAAACAAUUAGAAAAGAAUGAUAAAGACACUGCUUCUACACACGCAUCAUUAAAAGGCAAUGUAGAAAUAAACUUCUAUAUAAGAAAAGCAAUAGACGACCUAUAUUGUAAAUGUAAAAGCUAUUUUUAUUUUAUGCUAUCUUCCGAAUAUUGUACUGUUAAAAGUAGAAAUUUUAUAAUUGUACAGAAAAAAUUUUAUAAGAAAUUAAAUGUACAUCAUAUACUUUUUAAUAGUAAAGAUCUACCAUAUAAUUUUAUUAUUUUUAAUAAGAUAAUUGUAACAAAUGAAAGAAAUAUUAAUAACCUUAUCACUCAAUUUUAUGAUAACCUUACUACACAAUUUUAUGAUAACCUUACUACACAAUUUUAUGAUAACCUUACUACACAAUUUUAUGAUAACCUUACUACACAAUUUUAUGAACUGUAUAAUGUAGAUAAAAAUGCUUUUAAGUUUUAUUUUUCUAAUGAAAUUAAAAGUUACACUUUAAUUUUUAGGUUUACAAAAAUAAAUGGUGCAUCUAAAAAUUUAAAAGUUUUGACAGGCAUAUGUAAAAAUUUUGAUAUUUUUACAAAUGAUUUAAAAGUAUUGAUAAUUGUAUUGUUAAAUAAUUUAAAAAUCUUUACAAAUGAUUUAAAGUUACAGGAAAAAUGGAAUUUUUUUAAAAUUACUUACUAUAUGAUUAAUAUUGUACAAUGUUAUUUUAAGCUGGAUAAUAAAGAGCAUUUACAUGUAAACAGCUAUCAAAUGCUUUGUUUUAUUAUGAAAUAUAUGAUAAUUUAUAAGCUUGUCAAAAAUUCUACUCUUAAAUAUAUUCAUAAAGACCAGAAUUUAUGCAUUAAGAAUUGUUUUGAAUCUUAUAAUUUUUUUUAUAAAAAAUUAUAUUUUAGUCAAAGAAAAUUGCAUUUAGAGAAAGUAAAUGAUAAGCAUAAAAUAAAGAAGGAUAAAAAAGUAAAGAAUUCAAAAAACUCUUCUAAUUUUUUAUUAAGAAUAUUAGGAUGUAUUAAAUGCUAUAGAACAAAUUAUGACUGA